AUGUCAAGAGACGCUCCAAUAAAAGCUGAAAAAGAUUACUCUGAAAUUUUAAAGGAUGAGUUCCCUAAAAUUGAGAGCUUAGCUAUAAAUGAUGAAAAAGCAGCGUUAGAAAAAUAUUUAGCGUUAGAAAAAAAACGAGACAGGCAGCUGAUCUUGUCUACUUCAAAAGCAAUUAUGGCUAAAAUUGUUGAUCUUUUAACUAGUAAGGGUGAUUGGGAGGAACUAGGGGAACAAUUAACCUUAUUAUCUAAGAAGCAUGGCCAAUUAAAAUUAUCAAUUCAAUAUAUGAUUCAAGAGAUUAUUAGACACCUAAAUAGUGAUUCUGGCAUUACUUUACCAAUUAAAAUUAAGACAAUCGAAACCAUUAGAACUGUUACUGAGAACAAAAUAUAUGUAGAAGUUGAAAGAGCAAGAGCUACAAGAGACUUGGUAGCAAUUAGAAGAGCAGAAGGUAAUAUCGAAGAAGCAGCUAAUAUUCUCUGCGAGUUACAAGUUGAAACAUAUGGCUCAAUGGAAAUGACUGAGAAGAUCGAAUUCAUUUUGGAGCAAAUGGAGCUGAGUAUAUUGAAGGGUGAUUAUUCUCAAGCUACUGUUCUUUCGAGAAAAAUUUUAAAGAAAACUUUCAAGAAUGAAAAAUAUGAGACCUUGAAAAUUGAAUACUAUAAAUUAUUAAUCAGAAUCGGUCUACAUAAAAAGGAUUAUUUGGAUGUAGCCCAAUAUUUCCAAGAAAUUUAUAACACAAAAUCAAUCAAAGAAGAUGAAUUAAAAUGGAAGGAUUCAUUAACCCACAUGGUAUAUUUCUUGAUUUUAGCGCCUUAUGGUAAUUUACAAAAUGAUUUAAUCCAUAAAACACAAUUAGAUAAUAAUUUGAAAAAAUUAGAAACACAAGAAUCUCUAGUCAAAUUAUUCUUAACUCAAGAAUUAAUGAGAUGGCCAAUGGUUAAAACUACAUACGAAUCUACUUUAUUACAAGAUGAGGUAGCUUUCGGUAGUAAAGAUAGCGCUAUUCAUUGGGACGAACUUCGUAAAAGAAUUAUCGAACAUAAUUUGAGAGUUAUUUCUAAAUAUUAUUCAAGAAUAUCUUUAUCCAGACUAAAUGAACUAUUAGACCUAACUGAAUCCGAAACAGAACAAUUUAUUAGUGACUUAGUUAAUCAAGGUAUUAUUUAUGCCAAGGUUAACAGACCUGCAAGAAUUGUCAAUUUUGAAAGACCAAAGAAUUCAAGCGAAUUAUUAAAUGAAUGGUCAGAUAAUGUUGAUAAAUUAUUAGAAAAUAUUGAAACUAUUGGUCAUUUAAUAACCAAGGAAGAAAUCAUGCAUGGCUUAAAAGCAAAAUAA